CAAUUCUGUCUGUUCGUACUUCCGGUUCUGUAAGUUGCCAACUCAAUGCUGAAAAUUUAGCAUCUGAGUGUGAGUAUUUAGAUUGAAGAGAGAAGGAGUCGUGGCUGCCGGUUCUGGAAUAGUGCAUGAACUGGCAAAGAACCAGUCUGUUCGGGGUGGAGGAUGCACUGAUUAUGUGGCUCAUGUAGAUCUAGAAAUCUAGGCCUCUACUUCUUGUCGAACUGGUCAAAGUUUGAAUUGAUCGAAGUUUUUGUAGGGUGGUGGUCUUGUAUUGUGCAGACGUGUCGAAAUCACUGUAAAUCAGUAGAGAUUUCUAAUUCUUGAAUAUAUCCAUCUUUUAACGUACAUUGAAUAGAAGCCUUUAUCUACUGGCUUUUCACUGAAGUACAUAAGAUCUAGUCUCUAGAUCUUGAUUUUUGGAGUGGGAAGUUCCAUCUUCAAAACCAGGUUGUUUACUCAAUAGCACUACAAAAGCCUUCACAAGAGUAGAGGAACUUGUUCUGGGAUUCUAACAGUUUCAUUUAACUGAGGACGAGAUUAGAAGCAAGCACGGAUCUCAGAAAAAGAAACAAGAAAAUGGACCUUCCCUCUGAAUACAGGGCGGGUACUGAUGAUGCCAAUAACAGCGGUACCAAAUCGAGUCAGAAAAGACGAAGCAAGGGGAACAAGAACCAGAAGGCAGCACAACCACAGGCUCCACAACAACAGCAAUAUUUUCAAGACUUUGGCAUGCAGAAUCCUCAGCCAUACAUGCAGAAUCCCGGGCAGCCAGAUAUGUUCUAUGGUGGUCAGGGCUUUGAUCAAGGUGCCUAUGGAGGUCAGAUGGCAGGCAUGCCUCAGUUUCCAGGUCAACAGCUCCUGAACGAUCCAAUGGCCAACAUGGCAAUGCAGUAUGGUCAGCAACUUGCAGGCCAGGGAAAGGAUAUAGUCAAUAAAAAUGUAGAAAAGUACAUCUCAUCUUCCAAGUUGAAAUAUUAUUUCGCUGUUGAUACUGCAUAUGUGGGGAAGAAGCUUGGUCUUUUACUCUUCCCAUUCACACAUUCGGACUGGUCGAUACGUUACAACCAAGAAGAACCAAUCGCACCAAGAUAUGAAAUCAAUGCUCCAGACUUGUAUAUACCUGUUAUGGCUUUCGUCACCUAUGUCUUGGUUGCUGGGAUGGUACUUGGAAUUCAAGAUAGGUUCACCCCAGAGCAGCUGGGCGUCCAGGCCAGUUCAGCUCUUGUGUGGCUCAUCAUAGAACUGGUGGCCAUGAGUCUCAGCCUCUACAUCAUGAACUUGAAUACAGAGCUCAAGUAUUUAGAUAUUGUUGCAUAUUGCGGAUACAAAUUUGUUGGAAUGACAUUCAGCUUACUAGCUGGUGCGGCAUUUGGAUCAACCGCAUAUUACUGUGUCUUGUUAUGGUUCUGCCUGUCUCUGGUGUUUUUCUUGAUGAGAACUCUCAAAGUUCAAGUAUUGCCACAUCAAGAUGAUGACGGAUUCACGCGUGGAGGCAAGCGCAGUUUGUACCUUAUUCUGUCAGUGUCUUUGGUGCAGCCGCUGCUCAUGUGGUGGCUCACGAGUUAUAUCAUGGUGUUCAGAAAAGUAUAAGUCCGUAACGUACCAUUCUGAUUUUGUUGUCCUUUCUUUUGGAAACUUUCUUUUUUUUUUUUUUUGCAUGUUGGAGACAGAAAGAGAAAUGUGUGUUUUGAUUGUUAUGUUUGGAGUGCUUUAUUUUGGAGGGUUUAAGGUGAGGAUCUCCUCACACUUAACGGUAUGUAUCUUUUUUACUCAUGGGUUUAAUGAUUUCAAAAAUGUGAAAUUUUCGUUUAUAAUCAGUAUUCCAUCUUUUGUUGACCAUUGAUUCAUAGAGAUUCAUAUUUCGUCCACCAACCGCUGUCAGGGUCUUGGGAAAUAUUGUUGAAAUAUUUGAGUCAUGUAUGAAACCAAUUCCUUCUGAUGUGACUUUUGGUUGUUUUGGUUGUCAUUCCUUUAGAUAUAUGUUUAUGCACAAGACUACGCUGAUGCUAGUUCAAGAGAUCUAAGUGUUGCACUCAGCAUGCAGAUAAGAGAAACAUUUGUUCAUACUUUUUCAUUCAUUUUAGGCAUAGGAUAUAGCUCUGCAAAUGCUCUGCUCUCUUAGAAAUAAUGGUAUAGUCUGACAAGCGUUGCUGCUUUGCACAAAAUUUGCGGGGUCUCUGUGCAUCCGUUCAAAUAUAACCUGAGGGAGUCAAUGUUAGAUUUAGCUAUUCUGACCGUAUUAUUAAUAUUUAUGUGGAUGCAUAUUAUGUCAAAAGACGAAGGUUGGCAAUUCAAUUUUUCAGUCUGUAUGAGCCUGGGGAUUAAAGCUGUUUGAAUGUGCUAAGGGCCGUACCUAUUUGUGUUGCAAAUGCUGUAAAACUAUUACUAAAACUAAAACAGAAAAUGUAUGGGACUAAUUUCGCCAUAAAAAUCGUAAGUUAUAGCAAUUACAGGGUGUGUGCAUUGUAUGUUUUCACAUUUUAUUCAUUACUUUUAUUAUUGUUUUCUUCUUGUAGAAGGUGUCUAUGUGUGACUCAAUGCAAACUGUUGUUUUUGUUUUUGGGGGGGGGGGGGAAGGUUUGUUUGUUUUAGGUUUCCUGUUCUAAGGGUGACUGAAUUAACUUUGACCUAAACGGCAUUUAUUAAAAUGUCUGCGGCACCUGCUGCAUCAAACGUAUCCUUUUGGCCAAGUGAGUGGAUAACCCAGUCUCCGAAAAGAAUGUAUUUUUAUUGAUUUUGCGUCAUCCCUUCUUGAAAAAUAAAACAAUAAAAGAAACAGAAUCUGGUCCUUUUUUUUUUACCGUUAUGUGGACCUGACUGUGUGAAAGCAACUUACUUUUAAAACAGGACUUGAUAGGGAGGAAAAAGGUUUUUUUGCCAUUGUUUUCGUGUCAAAUUUAGGAGAUCUGGAAAUUACAUGUCAUACAAUCACAUCAUGAUCAAUAUGGUUGUGGGUAAUGUCUUGAGUUCUGGUUGGGAGCAAGUGUUAAAACAAAAAGGUGGUCAUUUCUGUUUAAGUGUCAGGUUUUCUUAAGAAAUUUAAAGGUUUUCACUGAAUUUCAUUGUUUCCGGUUUGAAUGAGUUUUAUGUUUUAAUUGCAACAACUGUUCGAAGCAAAUGUAUUUACAUCUAGUCUCUCCUUGUAGAACUUUGUACAUAUAUUGUCAAUUUUGUUGAGACACAUUUGUCCCUGCUGAACUAUUCAUUGUCAGGGAUUGACAUCUUUUCGAGAUAAAGCACCAGCAAAGUUACAAAAGUGCUUCUUCCCUGUGAUCUCUUUUCUUUUGGUAUGUUUUUCAUCUUUCUUUUCCAUUAACACUGGGUUUCUAUUGCAAAUCAAGUAGAACAAAGUGACUCAGUUGUACUGACACAUCUGGUUGUGGCUCUAUUGCCUCAUUGUUGUUGCCUGUGUCUCUAUUCCAGUAAGAAGGGAAAAAGUACAAGAAAGAAAAAAGGCCUACUCCUUUGGUGACUUCAUGAACAAAUCUGAUCUGAAUUAUUAUUUGGACUUGUUAUAAUAUAAAGUCUGAAGUCAUUGAAUCAUAUCUUAAGUGAAGAAAAGGAGGAGUAGGGCAUGAAUCAACUAACAUAAAGGUACAAAGCAUGAAUGAGUUUAGUUUCACCCUGCUGUGUGUAAGCCUGUAAGGGUGGGAGUACAGUUUUGAGCUGACUCACAGAUAUGCCUAUUCAAUGAACUCUACUAAUUUUCUUUUUGCACUAGUUUUGGCAUAGAUCAUAAACAAAGCUUUUUAUUAUGUCAAGGGGCAGGGUGGGGGAUACUGAUUUCUUGUUACUUUACUGUUUUCUCGGUAUACGCAUAGGCUGUUUGAACACUUUAGCUGCUUUUGUAGCCUACAUAUUGGUGCCUAAUAUUGAUAUUUUGAAAGCUUUAAGAACUAGGAGCUAUUAUUUGCGGAAAGAAAAUAUUGGCUUGACGUGUAGAGAUUUAAAUGUUGCAUCCACAAUCCACAUAUAUGAUCCAUGACUUCCAUUCAUAUCUGAUUUAUAUCGUAUAAGCAUUGGUGCAUGUUUUGAGAGAAAGUGAAUAUAUGUAAAAUGAAAGUGGACCUUUUGCUGUUGAUGAUGAUUGAGAAAAAAGACUUGUUGGUAUUGAGAUGGGCCGUGUAUGUCAUGUCUUUCUUUUUUUCUGUUCAUUGAAAAAAACAGACAAGUUUUCUCUCACAGUCACUGAGUAAUAGAGAUUGUUGUGUAAGGACUGAUUAUAAUCACUGUAACUGUAAUUAAUCUAUUAUGUGUGCUACUUGUCACUGUCUUGUAAAAUUGUAAACUUUUGCCUGCAUGUGAUGUCAUUAAUUCUGUCACUCAUUAAAUACCGCCUGUAAAGUAAAG